AUGGCGUUGUGCCUGCGAGGAGGCCUUUCUGCUGUCACUGUUUCCGUCGAUCUCGCAAGAUAUGAGCCUGCCAAUCGCCUCUUCUCGUCUCACCAGCGGCUGCAUUCCUCACGAAUCUGCAGAACUCACCUGCCGAAUCCCCUGAGAAGUCGCCUGAUGAGCCACGCGACAGGUCAGCGCACGGCCAGCUGGGUCAGAAACGGUUUCAUGACUGAAACGGGGGGUGGAGAGUGGGACGAGGAGGACGAAGAGGAAUUCGACGAAGACGAGGAGGAGCAUUGGGAAGAGGAAGAGGAGGAGGUGGAGGAGAGGGUGGAGACGGUCCAAGUUCAGGCGAGGUUGUAUGAAGAUUCCUCGGGAUACAGCGAAGGAGAUGAGCAGGAGGCCAAGGCUCAUGCGGCGCAUCAGGCGGAAGAAGAGAAGAAGCAGGAGAACCAGCAUCAACAGCCGCUGCAGUGGUUGGCGGAAGGAGCUGCUGCUGCGUUAAAGGGAGCUGUGGAGGGAGGUGUUGUGGCUGCUGCGGUGGGGGCUGUGCUUGAGGCGAGUCAGUCCGCGGAGGAGCAUUCGGAGAGUGAUGCGCGGGAGAAGGGCGAGGAGUAUUCCGCCACCAUGCAGGUCGCCAUGGGGAACACAGGUGCGUGUUUAGCCUGA